UCAACUUGAGAAUAAAAAUUCAGAAGUAAUGAAAUCGUCAGUUAUCUUUUUCUCUGUAGUGGUGGCAGUUACGGCGACAGAAUUACCCAGCAGUUUCAAGAUUUGUAAGAAGACGGAACCACAUAUGAAAAAAUGUUUAGCUGAGGCUAUCGAAACAGCACUAAUCGUAGCCAAUGGUAACAGGGGGUUAAAAAUUUUACCUCUCGAACCGCUGGCAAUAGAUUAUCUACUUGUUACUGGUACCGGGCCUGUAGCAAUAACAUAUGAAUAUCGGAAUUUGAAGAUUCAUGGACUGACAAAGAAUAUACGAAUCAUCGUAGACAAAUUCGACAACAAGACAUACUCAUUCAAUAUGGUAAUUUUCAUUCCUCGAAUGGACUUAUUUAGCGAUUAUAAAAUAAGUGGCAAGAUUCUACUAUUGCCUAUUCAAGGAGAGGGCAAAAGCACAUUAACAUUACGUGAAAAGAUGAACGAAUUCAUAAAUGAAAACAUAGAUGAAAUCUUUCGAGAACUUAAAGUGGCAUAUGAAGAUGUCUUCAGAGAGAUAUCCUCUGAAAUUAGCGAUAAGAUUUUAAAUAACGUACCGCUGAAGAAGCUCUUCCCACCAGAAUAGAUAAAAAAUUAUAUUUUAGCAUUA